GAAGCAGCGUGAUUAGCAGGAAGGUUCAGUACAGUACCUACCGUACCUUCCUUGGGUAGGUUUCUGGUUCGGGUGUGUGAUGUGAUGUGAUGUGAUGUUAUACUGUUGCUUGGUCCGUGGAUGUCCGAGUCUGUAUAAAAGACUCUGUUUCCCACCAUCCCACCGAACCUUUUUCUCCCAUCCUAUAACAACCCAAGCCUAACAAAGUUCCCUAAACAACUUUUCAACAACAAUCAUCUCACACAUUUUCGAGUAAUUCCUCGUCUUCACAACCGACAACAUGCCUUUCACCGCUAGCGACAUCUGCAAGAUCAUCCUUGCCAUCAUCCUCCCUCCCGUCGGUGUCUUCCUCGAGCGUGGUUGUGGUGCCGACUUCUUCAUCAACAUCCUCCUCACCAUUCUGGGUUACAUUCCCGGUAUUAUCCACGCUCUAUACAUCAUCCUGAAGUACUAAGCCUUACCGCACUUGACUUCUCAGGGCCACGGCGCUUCCCUAAUGGCUUAAUGAGUACCCCGCUUUCCAACCAUCGUCAAUAAGUGGUCGGUCAUCGGUUGUCCUGGACCAUGCGACAUGCUGUCUGACGGCCAAGACACCAAUGACUGCCGUGUCGACCGGGUACGCGCAGUCGGCUGGAAGCUCUGUGUUUCUAUUUGCGCAACCUUGGCUUCGCUUUGAUACCUCACGCCGGUGAUCCGCGCUUACGAGUUUGGACGCCGAUUUUACGACGGGCAUGGACGCAAUGCGAUAUCAGUUCCUUAUUUCCUUUGUUUACUUGCGGAUGGAGGCGCAUGCUGGAUUGGCUCUCAAGGCAUAAUGCACUGGGCUUUUUAUUAAUUAAUUCGAUACCCAUCAAUCCAACGUUUCCUUAACAUCUACGUCUUGUCUUUUUUUGCAACAUGGUGAUUGUCUGUAUGUGACCCAGGCCCAGGCUCCUUGGCAGACCCGCCUCGUAACCAUCGGCAGAUGAGCGACAAGGGUGUCUUCAUGUGGCCGGCUAACCUUUUCCAUUGAUCGCUAUCAGAAUUAAGGUCCUGUCAACUUGAACCUUGAAUCGAUGUGAGGACUCAGAACACCAAAUUUUAUGCCUUUUCUUUCUAAACACUUGGAAAGAGUCUGGCGAUAGAAGCGUCACCAAUCUUCGUUGCUACUUCAGUGAUUGAGACCUUGUCUGAAGGAUUCAGAGUUGUCGAUUGGCGAUAGGAUCAUUUGGGUUUGCAUUGCAAGCGGAGUGCUUACAGCGAUCUUUGUGGCGGUGCAGUUUGUAGUUUGAUCUCAGACCAAGGAGCAUGUGGAGCAUGUCUUUUAUGCAUGUUGACUACAACUUAAUAUUCGUAUCUAUGCACUUGAACAUGUCCACGUAUUUAUGUUCCAACUAAUAAACUUCUAUUGUGUGAAAUAAGUGUCCUUUGCAGAUUAGCAGAGGUAUGUAUGCCUUUGCCAUAGACAGGAUCUCUUAA